GUGGAGUCCGGUGGGGAGGGGGUAUGGGGGAGCUGCCCAAAGCCUGGGGAAGGGGAGUCAGUGCAGGAGGUGACUGGAGCCGCGGCGGCGGCGCCAGGAGCAGCGGUGGCGGCGCUCUCGGCCGCGGCAGCCGAGGAUCCAGCCGCGGCCAGGGCGGCGCAGCAGACAAUAACCGGGCUGGGAGCCGGACCGGGCCGGGAGCUGGAGAGCAGAAGGAGACUGCAAGCAAGGCCGUCACAAGGGCCAUUUAUCGACCAUCUGUUUGGUGCCCAGCGAUCAGUUUGCCUUGACAUUGAUCAUCUCUAAUCACAUCUCACCACAGCCCUGCAUGACCCUACGGUGAUGCCUCCUCAACCAAUGAUGUUGUAACAGUGCCUGGAAGGUGGCGGCUGCAUUUCCAGCUUAAACCUACCUGCGUUGUCCCCAUCGCCAUGGAAACCCAAAAGGAUGAAGCUGCUCAGGCCAGGGGAGCGACAGCUUCGGGGGACACCCAGGACCAAGGUGCAGAAAAAGGAGCCAAGAAGAAGACAGCUGAGCCGACAGAAGGGCCAACAUCAGAACCGCCCUCCUCUGGCCCAGGUAGGCUGAAGAAAACUGCCAUGAAACUCUUUGGUGGCAAGAAGGGGAUCUGUACUCUGCCUAGUUUCUUUGGAGGGGGACGAAGCAAAGGUUCUGGGAAAGGCAGCUCCAGGAAGGGUCUCAGUAAGAGUAAGACCCAUGAUGGCCUGAGCGAAGCAGCCCAUGGUCCCGAAGAGGUUGUCAGUGAAGGAACUGGCUUCCCGCUACCUUUGCCUGAGUCACCCUGCGGAUUUCCCAGCUCCCAGAGUGCCCAUGGGGCUUUGGAGACAGGCUCCAGGAGAAAGACAUCAGCGUCUGGAGCCCCAGAGAAAGCUGGGGAUGAGAAGGUUCCCUCUAUGCCCAAGCCAAAGAAAGGCCUAAAAGGCUUUUUCAGCAGUAUUCGUCGGCACAGGAAGAGCAAGGUCACUGGGGCUGAGCAAAAUGAGCCAGGGGCAAAGGAGCCUGAGGGCACCAAAGCCAGGCCUCAUGAGCUCGUUAGCUCGUCGCCUCUGCUCCCCUCUGAGGAGUCCUUCCAAGCCCUGAGAAAGGAAAAUUCCAAGCCCCAGGAAGCCCCUGGACCAAAAGUUUCUCCGGUACCAGAGCCUUCUUCACCACCCACUGAGAAGAUGACCUGUAAAGAUACAGAAAAGCUCCCAGGGGCCUCUGCCCCAGUACUAGUGCAGCCCAACUCUGUCCCUGAAGCCAGUAGCCUAGAGGAGCCCCACAGCCCAGAAACAGGUGAGAAAGUGGUGGCAGGAGACAUAAACCCACCUGGCGGUCCUGUGGGAGACCAGCUGAGCCUCCUGUUUGGGGAUGUCACAUCCCUGAAAAGCUUUGACUCCCUGACAGGUUGUGGUGACAUUAUAGCUGAACAGGACAUGGACAGUAUGACAGACAGCAUGGCCUCUGGGGGCCAGAGGGCCAACCGAGAUGGGACCAAAAGAAGUUCUUGCCUGGUGACCUACCAAGGAGGUGGGGAAGAGAUGGCCCUGCCGGAUGAUGAUGAUGAUGACGAAGAGGAGGAGGAGGAGGAGUUAGAGGAGGAAGAAGAGGAAGUCAAAGAGGAGGAGGAAGACAAUGACUUAGAAUAUCUGUGGGCCAGUGCUCAGAUGUACCCAAGACCCAAUAUGAACCUGGGCUACCCUCCCACCACAUCCCCGGGCCACCAUGCCUACAUGCUCCUUGACCCUGUUCGGUCUUACCCUGGCCUGGCCCCUGGGGAACUUCUGACUCCUCAGAGUGACCAGCAAGAAUCGGCCCCUAAUAGUGAUGAAGGCUAUUAUGAUUCUACCACACCCGGCUUUGAGGAUGAUUCAGGUGAGGCCCUGGGGCUCGUGCGUAGGGAUUGCUUACCCCGUGACAGUUACAGUGGUGAUGCCCUCUAUGAGUUCUAUGAGCCAGAUGACAGUCUCGAGAACUCCCCGCCUGAGGACGACUGCCUUUACGACCUCCAUGGCCGCAGCUCUGAGAUGUUUGACCCCUUCUUGAACUUUGAGCCCUUUUCUUCCUCACGGCCACCGGGGGCUAUGGAGACAGAGGAGGAGCGGCUGGUGACCAUCCAGAAACAGUUGUUGUAUUGGGAACUCCGGCGGGAGCAGCUCGAGGCCCGGGAGGCACGCACCCGAGAGGCUCAUGCCAGGGAAGCCUGUGCCCGAGAGACCCACUCCCGGGACGCUCAUGCCAGGGAGCCCCGUGCCCGAGAGGCCCCAGCCAGGGAGACUCGUGCUCGAGAAGCCCCGGCCCGGCAAGAGAAGCCCGUCUUGGAGUAUCAGAUGAGGCCCCUAGGCCCCUCGGUGAUGGGCCUGGUGGCAGGAGCAUCAGGGGCCUCUCAGACGUCCUACCGGGGAACCACCUCAGCUUUCCCCACCACUGCGAGCAGCGAGCCAGACUGGAGGGACUUCCGUCCACUGGAGAAGCGAUUCGAGGGAACCUGCUCCAAGAAAGAUCAAAGCACCUGCCUGAUGCAGCUCUUCCAGAGUGAUGCGAUGUUUGAGCCAGACAUGCAGGAAGCAAAUUUUGGAGGCUCACCCAGGAGGGCCUACCCUACUUACUCGCCCCCUGAGGAGCCAGAGGAAGAGGAGGUGGAGAAGGAAGGGAAUGCCACCGUGAGCUUCUCCCAGGCCCUGGUGGAGUUCACCAGCAAUGGAAACCUCUUCUCCAGCAUGUCCUGCAGCUCUGACUCUGACUCGUCCUUCACUCAAAACCUCCCCGAGCUGCCGCCCAUGGUGACCUUUGACAUCGCUGAUGUGGAACGAGAUGGAGAAGGCAAGUGCGAAGAGAAUCCUGAGUUCCACAAUGACGAAGACCUCGCAGCCUCCUUGGAAGCUUUCGAACUGGGCUAUUACCACAAACAUGCCUUCAACAACUACCGUAGCCGAUUCUACCAAGGUCUGCCCUGGGGUGUGAGCAGCCUCCCUCGAUACUUGGGACUACCUGGCAUGCACCCUCGACCUCCACCUGCUGCCAUGGCCCUCAACAGGAGGAGCCGCUCCCUCGACACAGCGGAGACCUUAGAGUUGGAGUUGUCUAAUUCUCACCUGGCCCAGGGCUACUUGGAGUCUGAUGAGCUCCAGGCUCAGCAGGAAGAUUCAGAUGAAGAAGAUGAAGAGGAGGAAGAGGGAGAAUGGGGCCGAGACAGCCCCCUGUCCCUCUAUACUGAACCCCCAGGGGCCUAUGACUGGCCUGCCUGGGCUCCCUGUCCCCUACCCAUUGGGCCAGGCCCUGCCUGGAUGAGCCCUGGCCAGUUGGAUGGGGUUUCUAGCCAGUCUCCAUAUGGGCAGGCAACCUGUUGUGUACCUCCUAUGGCCAAGCCAGUGGCGCUUUCAGGGCCAGGGCCAGAGCCAAGGGCACCUGAGGAAUCUGGGCCUCAGUUAGCUCGACCCUCACACCUACCCCUCCCCAUGGGCCCUUGCUAUAACCUUCAGCCACAGGCCUCCCAGAGUAUGAGGGCCAGGCCUCGAGAUGUGCUGCUGCCUGUCAAUGAGCCCAGUUGCUCCUCUGGCUCUGGAAGCUUCAAUCCCAGCCCUCUGCCCCAGGCCAAGCCUGUAGGCAUCACCCAUGGCAUCCCUCAGCUGCCCAGGGUCCGGCCUGAGCUCCUCCAGCCUCGGCCCAGUCACUAUGGGGCUUCCGGCCUUGACCUGUCAAAGGAGAAGGCCGAGCAAGGUGCCUCUCUCCCCACCAGCUACUCCUCCACUGCCGUGAAUGGAAACCUAGCCAAGUAGUCAUCCUCAGUUCCGGAGUGGGGGCAUGGGGCCUGAGCAUGUGAAUGGGGAUCAGGGAUAGGGCAGAGGGGUGGGGGGGUGGGGGUUGCUGUUUAACUUGAAAAUCCUAUUGGCCAAGGAAAACUCCUAUGAGUUUUCACCUUUGUUUUCCCACUUCCCUCUCCUGCUAUCUAUGGCCACAUUCAGCUCAAGUACAUCUGCCCAAGGAGGCUGCUGCUGCUGUGCCCCAGUUUUUGCUUUUGGGGUUUCUUCUUGUGACCCAUGCAGGGUUUAGGAUGCUGUAAUUUUGUGCCUAUUCCAGUUGCUGCGUUAGUGAUUAUACAUGUAUAUAUAUGUAUAUGUGUGUAUAUAUAUAUACAUAUACAUAUAUAGCAUGCAUCCUUGACACAGGCUGUACCCUUAGUGCUCCUCCUCCUCCCCCUAGUGAAUGAUUAACCACUGAUGAGCAGCCAGGUCUGCACUGCCUCCCCCUGCAGGGUGGGAGGCUUAGUUGCUCUUAGCAAUGUGAAAUGAAUGGUACAAAUCCAACCCACUCCCGUUCCUUUUAGCCUUGGUGUAGCUGCCACCAUUACAUCAGAUGACUAUAAGCUAUUUGUCCCAGCUAGCUGUCCUUAGAGAGGAUCAAGUAGCAAGUGUCUCACUGCUUAUUGCUGUGGACUUUGGUAUCAUAGCCAGAUGGGUCCUUUUAACCUGGCCUGUCAUAGCUUGGGUUGAAGACAAAAACCCUAAUCCCCUUAAUGGAGUGAUUUAACUUCGUCCUGUUGCAAACAGAAGACAAACCAAACUUCUGUUGUGGACCUACCAUUGAGUCUUGAGCUCUGGAAGGCUAGAAUUUUUUUCCUUCUUCCUGUCUUAAGCCUGUAACUGUCUCAGUUGCAGACAUGUUUGAAUUUUUAUUCUUUUUUCCUCUAAAGGAAGUUCUCAUAAUCUCAUCACAAAGAACGCAGUCUUAAUUGAGAUAAGGGAAGAGAAGCAACCUCAAUUAGGCCUGACUGUAGGAGUUGGGGGUUUUGUGGGGUGCAGGGGAAGAAUAGAAAAAGGAGGCCUGUUUUUCCCAGCCAGCAAGAGAGGGGAUUUCAGCCUUUGUGGAAGUCAAGGUAACCCAGCUUCUUGGGAGGGAAAAGUGCCCCCCAGCUCUGCCCCCCCAACACAGAAAGUUCCUUAAGCCUUGUCCAGCCCUUCAUUUGGACCCUGUAAAGAGGCUCCAGCCUUGCACUCCUGAGACAGGAUACCAAAGGCAUCUCCGCUGCUUUUCUGGGCUCUCCAAAGAGCUUUCAUCUUCCGAUUAGCCAAGUCCUUAGCAUUAUCAAAGGACCAAGCUUCUUGAGAGGAAAGACUGUGACCUGCCCUCACUCUACCAAGCUGCAGAACUGUGAUUUGCAUGGAAUGGAUAGCACCUUCCCUUCUGCACCCAUGCAAUUUUCACGUUGGACAUACUGGAGGGCGAGAGCUUGCUGUCGAGAAACAUUGCAACAGGCUGAUCUUGCCAGGCUUGACCUCUCGUUAAUCACCCAUAUGAGAGGGUUCUUUUUAAAUUUCUCCCUUGGAAAUGGCACAUAGAACAUUUUUUUGCCUGGAUGUGUUGACACAAAUUAUGAUUCUUGUCCCCUGCCCUGCUCCAGCGCCCCCACCUGUCUUCCUGCCUGUUACAAGAAGUCAACAGGGCUCUUACUAUUCCUGAGCUGUGGCAAUUUAGCUUGGGAACAGAUGCUGUUAGCCCCCUGGGUCAAGAUGAUGUUGUGGGAAAACUUCCAUGCCGGUCGUUGACACCAUUUAUGUUUGGGGUUGACCCUACACUCCUCCCCACGAAGAGCAGACCUGGCAAGUAGAAAACUGUGCCCCCGAAGGCACCACAUGAGCUUGCCUGGUACCAAUGCCACCCCUCAAGGGACCCAGCGCAGUCCUCCAGGCUGACUUUGGCUUCAUCAUGAAGAAAUGCAUCUGUUGUGGAGCUGAAGAAUGAAAUGGGGUGAGGAAGACCCUCCUCGCUCCAAGCACAGAAUUCUGGGAGAGAAGUGCCCAAAUUCCAACCAUCUGGCCUCUUACCAAAGCUGUUUUGGGAAAGUGGGGCUGAAAUUGGCCUGGCUGUUUGGCAGGAAGUAAACACUCACCAAAUGCCUUUACCACAGAGGAAAACCCACCUCUGGCCUCUUCCUUCAGGGCAGCUCAAGCUCCUGCCUGCAUGUAAACUGUACCAGCUGCAGCAGGCAGUAGAGCCAUCACCAGCCUCCAGAGCCCAUUGGAGAACGGCAACCAGCCUAUCUGGGAAGAGGAAAAGGAGGCGGUCAGUCUAUGGCCAAGGGCUGAGAGCUUUCUGCUGUCAUAGCCCUGACAUACUUUGCUGGGCUGUGGAAGAUCACAUACCACAGAGUAAGGCUCAGGGCUGAGUGGGAGUUCAUGGUUUGGACAGCGUUGCUGCCUGUAAGUCCCUUCACUGCCCUGGCCAGCCCAAGGACAGGCUCUUUACCACCAGAAGUGAGGCAGUCAGGGUCCACUGCAAAAGCAGGCUGCUUUGAGUCUGUAGAGCCGAGUGGUUCAUGAUUGAACCCCAGCUGCAACCUAGAGAAGGAAGGAAGACCUGGCUGGAGACAUGUGAUGAUGGCAGCACAGGGUGACACUGGGGGAGCCAGCCAGGCUCCAGAUCGACCCAUACAUAGGCCCGUGCUCUCGUGGCUGGCACUGAAUGUGCCCCCAGAUGACCAAAGGUGUUGAUGUCAUGUCCACACCUCCUGGGCUGUGACCAGAUGAACACUAUGUCUCCAUGGCAAGGUCCUGGGAUAAUGCUUUUGGAUGUGACUUCCAGGGAAGAUAUGACUUCAGAGGAGGUAGUUGCCCUCAUCUUACUACCCAGUAGGCCUCUCUAGUGCCAGACAUCUCUGAUCCCGAGAAUUCCCAGAUGAGACCAGUCCUUGGGGGACCAGUGAACGUGGAUAGAGAAGGCCACCUAGCAGGCCUCUCCCAGGGCCAGGAUGCCAGUUUCUUGGUGCUUUAGAGUCUCCAAGGAAGCCCUGCCUUGGGGCCCAGUUAGAGCCAGUCCUGCCCAUCUGGCCUCAGCUUGGCGACCAGGCUGCAAGCCUCCUAGGAUAAAGGCUUCAACAAACACUAGUCUCCCUCCCUCCUCAGUGCCGUACCAAGGAGGGAAGUAGCUUCCCAUACCCAGGAGGCUGGGUACAUACCCCUCAUCCUGCUGCCAGUGGCUUUCCCACCUGUGUCAGUGCCACCACCCCAUCUGCCCUCGGCUCCCAGGCCCAGUUGCUAGAGGGAGGUAUGGGGGGGUUAGCAGGGAGACUUCAAGUUUACCCAUGUGUAUGUUGCAUCCAAGUUGUUUUUAAUAUAUAUAUAUCAAAAGUCAAUUAUCUAUUUUUGUAUUGUUUGCAUUUUAUAUUCAUGGAAAACAAUGUUUAUCAAUUGUUCUUUUCUGAUAUAUUUUAUUUUUAAGCGGUGCUGUUUACAGUUUUAAACAAAACAAAGAUGACACAAAAUACGCUGCUGCUUGUGCAGAGGGCUGGCAUCUCAACUGCCUAGGGCCCUCCCUCUUUCCCUCUCCCUGCCCGUGCUGUCUCUCUGUCCAUUCCUUCCCCCAGACCCCUGUCAUAGGGACAGCAGAAGAUGCCCAGGUACCGAAGACCAACGCCAGGUGACGCAGGCGUGUGGAACCUGGUAGACAGCGUGUCAUUUUAUGGCUUUAUUUGAUGUUUUUCUUUCGGACCCCACCUUCCCCGUGUGUAGACCUUCUGAGAACACUCAUGUCUCUUUUGUUUUAUUUUCCCCCUUCUGUACGUUUUAUGCUUUCAUUUUGAAAGCAGAGUGCCCAUGUUGUGCUAUUAGUCGUGUUGAGUUUCUCCAAAGAAGCAUUCUGGGGAUGUUCUCCACCCAGUGGGGAGGGCAGGGGGUUUCAACCAUGUCCCCUUUCUCCGAGAAGCUGGGGGAGACCGAUAGCAAUGAUGCUUGAAACAUCAGGAAUUGACCAUCUUGUUGAGGAAACCCUUGCAUGGGACUUUCUAGGAGCUCAGUUGAUUGUGACAUUUUCCCAGAAGAGACUUUGGGGAAUUCCUUGACCCCUCUUGCUGCUUUGGGGGAAUCUCUCCCCCUACCACCAUUCCCCCUCCCCCGCCCCACUCCAGCUCACACGUGGAUGAUCCUUUGGGAAACGAUGACUGUCAGGGUGAUGACUCUCUGGCCUGAUCCCCCACAUUUCCAUCCUAUGGUCAGUCACUCCAGAGAAGAAAAUCCACACGGCAUGUAUAUGUGUGAGAGUUGGGUCCAUUGAGAGGCGGGGCUUUAAUUCUUGUUACUAUUGGUGCUUAUUUUCCUUGCUGUAUAUGGGAUGGGGGUGGGGGGGAAAGAAAACAGGAAUGUAUAUUUAGGUCAUGUUAAAUGAAAUGGCUGGGGGAAAGAGGGAAGAAAUGAGGAACCGCAGUAGAUUGUCACUGCAGGUGUAGGAGUUCUUUUCUCCCAGUGCAGAAACAGGAGCAUGGCUCCCGGCUGUGCCUGAGCUUCCCUUUCCCGGUUUGAUCUGUGAGGCACCACAGAAUCACCUGCGCUGUGACCUCUCCACUCCUAGCUCUCACUGACAUCUGGAUAUCUUGAUGCACUGCCUGUUUGUUACAACAUAUAUUUCUUUUGCUGAAUGCUAAUAAACUUCUGGGUUCAAGAGGGACCCCCCAGUCACUAAA